AUGCCCCUUCUCGUUUCGCUUUUAAUUCUUUAUUUGAUCGUAACGCCAUGGUGGCCCAUUAUUCUACUGUACUUAACGUGGUUUAUUUAUGAUCAUAAAUCUCCUAAAUGUGGUGGUUACCCGUCAACAUGGUGUCGUACUCAGUCUAUUCACAAAUAUUUUGCGAGAUAUUUUCCAAUUCAUUUACACAUAACUACUCCCUUGGCACAUGGAAAAAAUUACCUUAUUGGCUCGCAUCCACAUGGAAUUAUUUCGAUGAAUACAUAUGCUAAUUUCGUAACCAACGGUACCGGACUAUUUGAAAAACUUCCUGGAAUGACUGUUCGAGUGUGUACAUUGGUAUCGCAAUUCUGGAUACCACUACGUCGCGAAUGGGCAAUGCUACAUGGAUUAAUUGAUUGCAGUAAAGAGAGCUUACAUUAUGUGCUGAAUAGCUCUAUCAACAACAUUGUUGUACUUAUCGUAGGAGGAGCAGAAGAAGCGCUGGAUGCACAUCCCGGUAGCCAUAUGUUAACACUCAGUAAACGAAAAGGCUUCAUAAAAAUUGCAAUAGAAACGGGUGCCCAACUAGUGCCAAUGUACUCUUUUGGGGAAAACGAACUUUUCGAACAGGUAAACAAUCCUGAAGGGUCUUCUUUACGGUGUUUUCAAAGUAAAUUGAAGAAAAUUAUGAAAUGCUCUUUGCCAAUAUACCAUGGCUGUGGAUUAUUCAGCAAUUUUGGGCCGCUUCCUUAUAACAAACCCAUCGACACUGUUAUUGGGACACCCAUACCUGUGAUCAAAAAGAAAAAUCCAACAGAAGAAGAAAUAGAUCGCCUCCAUGAACAUUACAUCAACGCCUUGACUACACUCUUUGAGACUUACAAAACCCAAUUCGGAGUACCAAAAAAUGCUUCGCUGAUUAUUCGAUAG